AGACUUUGCACUGUGGCCACUUAUAUAAACAUUACAUUCAUUGAUAAAUGAUGAAUGAUGAUGAUGCAUGCAAUAAAAGGAAACAAAGUAACCCAUAACACAAACUAAAAAUAAAGGCUCUCUUUUGAACCAAGAACUCACGAGACACCCCUGAAUCAGUUCUUCUUUAUGCUGCUAAACGACCUAAUCCUCCUGAUUCCUGAUCCAUCCUAUUUGUAGAAACCGUGAAAGAAAAAACUGCUUCUUCUUCUUCUUCUUCCUCUUUCUUUCUCUUCCAGAAUUUCAUUUUCAUGAAACUUCCAUGCAUUUGCUUCCAAUUCUUGUUAAACAAUGAAACCCCAGCAUCCCUUAUUGUUUGUGUCUCUGGUUAUGUGUGAUAGUAAGAGUUCUUGUUCUUGAAAAGUGUGAGAAAAGCUUGACAUGAAAAAGUGGCCUUGUUCCAUACCACACCUUUCUGUUCUCUUGUUAAAAUCCAGAAGGGUCUUCUCUCAAGACGUAAAUGAAUCAUUUUGAUGCAUGCUUUUCGUUCUUUGUUGUUGGAGCCCGUGUUUCGGAAUCCGUUUAUGGCUUCAUGCACUUCCUGAAAUCGGUUCACACGUUCAGAAGGAAAGCUGUUCCAUUUGACUGUCUUUUCUGACAAGCAUCACAGACAUACAAAACCAUAACUUGAAAUAAAUAAAGCAUGCAAUUCACAAGAGCUUCUUCAAUGGCUGGCUCAUGCUUCCAUGGGCUUCGCAUGCGAAGGUCGAAGAGUAAGCCUUUACCGGAGCUUCCUCCUUCAUCGUCUUCCAAGAAAAGGAUGAAUUCUGACUUAGAGAACAUGGAGAGAAAGAGAUUUGACAGCUUGGAAUCAUGGUCCAUGAUAUUGGACUCUGAGAAUGUGGAGACAUGGGAAGCUUCUAAGGAGGAUCAGGAGGAGUGGACUGCAGAUUUGUCACAGCUUUUCAUAGGGAACAAGUUUGCAUCUGGAGCUCACAGUAGAAUCUACCGUGGAAUUUACAAGCAGAGAGCCGUAGCUGUGAAAAUGGUGAGGAUCCCGACACAGGACGAGGAGAGAAGAUCCUUGCUUGAGCAGCAGUUCAAAUCUGAAGUUGCUUUGCUUUCACGUCUCUUUCAUCCGAACAUAGUUCAGUUUAUUGCAGCUUGUAAAAAACCGCCAGUGUACUGUAUCAUAACAGAAUACAUGUCACAAGGAACUCUGAGGAUGUAUCUGAACAAGAAAGAGCCAUACUCUCUUUCAAUUGAAACAAUACUAAGGUUAGCUCUUGACAUAUCUAGGGGUAUGGAGUACCUUCACUCGCAAGGCGUCAUCCACAGAGAUCUCAAGUCAAAUAACCUUCUUCUCAAUGAUGAGAUGAGGGUUAAGGUGGCAGAUUUCGGCACAUCUUGUCUCGAAACAAGGUGUCGCGAGACCAAAGGAAACAUGGGAACGUAUCGUUGGAUGGCGCCAGAGAUGAUUAAGGAGAAACCUUACACUCGCAAAGUUGAUGUGUAUAGUUUUGGUAUUGUGCUUUGGGAACUCACAACUGCUUUACUUCCCUUCCAAGGAAUGACCCCUGUCCAAGCUGCUUUUGCUGUUGCUGAGAAGAAUGAGAGGCCACCACUGCCGGCGAGUUGCCAGCCAGCACUAGCACACCUCAUAAAGCGUUGCUGGGCGGCGAACCCAUCGAAGAGGCCGGACUUCAGUGACAUAGUGACCACUCUUGAGAAGUACGAUGAAUGUGUGAAGGAGGGACUUCCCCUAACUCAUCAUUCAAGACUUGUCAGCAGAAACCUCAUUGAACGCUUAAAAGGCUGCGUCUCCAUGAGUUCCUCCAUACCUGUACAUGCUUAACUCCCUCCCUUCCAUACCCCUUCCUCCAAUAAAGAACACCAAAAGUGUGGGCUUCGUUUAACUGGAAUUACUUAAACCCAAAAGGCCGUAUGCAGAAUGCUAGCUAUAUUUUGUUUGGUUAGGCCAUCAAUAGAACCAGCUGCGCCUGCAAUAGGCAUUGAAGAACACCGUUAAUUGUUUGUUGGAUGAGAUAACAAACCGAAAAUGCAGCAAUUCACUGUGAAAAUUGUCACAGAAUAUUGCAAAAUCUAGCUCAGCCAACUAUAUCUUUGUAUUCAUUAAGACUCAUAUGGAGUCCAUAUGUAUAAGGUUGUAGCUGUUAA